UUUUAGACUCUUUUGGUUUUUCAUUCACAGUUCAAAUUUAUAUAUCAGUUUCGUUAUCGUUCAUCAUACAUUUCGUCAUACAUAUCGGUCGUGUCGUGCAUAGGUCGCCAGCACACCUGUGUGCGUGUAGGGGUGUGCGCGCGUGUGUGUGAGUGGUGCUUGCGCAAAAGAAACGUCAAACAGCCAAAAACGAAUAACAAAAAAAAAGGAAAAAAGAAGAGUAGAGAGGAGGAGGAGAAACGCUCGAGAAAAAGAUUGUGGCAACGUUUGUUUUCUUGUAUUUUUGUUUUUGUGGCCGCCGAGUGAAUUUCGCGCUCGCGUUAAAAAUCAAUCAUUUUUUUUGGCGAUUAACCGUUAACCGACAACUGGCAUAGAGAGUGUAAACAAUACAAGAAGUGCCCACCCCCACCCCCGCCACAAUCACAAUCACAAUCACAAUCACAAUCGCACUCGUACUCCUCCUCUGUCAACGACGCUGCCUCCAAACACCACCCACCACCCACCACCACCGCUUCCACUGAUUUGUAGAAUUGGAAUUGCCUUUCUUAUCAGCGGAUUCUCCGAUCCGCAGGCUUCCCCAACCUUGAGGGGCUGAACUCAUCGCGAGAUUAGUGGGCCCACAGACGGCCGAGAACCCUCUAAUCUUGAAACGGCGGCCAUGUCCGCACCAGCGUCGGCCUCGGCCACAGCGCCGGCAGCGACAGCGACUGCUACGGCGACCCAGACUUCGACCCGCAGCGAUGAGGAGAAUCUCCUGCGAGGACUCAACAAGCUGAGGAACGAGGACAAGCUCACCGAUGUCACCCUUAUCGUGGAGGAUCUCAGAUUUAAGGCCCAUCGCGUCGUCCUGGCCGCCAGCAGUGACUACUUCUGCGCCAUGUUCGCCGACUGUGCCAUGAUCGAAUCGCGCCAGGAGGAGAUCAACCUAUACGGGAUCACUGCCCGCGCCAUGGGCGCCAUCAUAGACUACAUCUACACAUCGCUCCUGGAGCUGAAUGCCGACAACAUUGAGGAGAUACUGGCGGCGGCCACCCACGUCCAGGUGCGCGAGGUGAUCGAGCGCUGUACCAUGUUCCUGGAGACCAAGAUCGAGAUGGACAACUGCCUGGCCAUUGCCGGCAUGGCGGAUAUCUACGGACAGAUGGCCCUGUCCCGGCGAGCCUAUCGCUUCAUAUGCGCCAAUUUCGAGGACUUUACCGGCACGCCGGAUUUCAAGGAACUGAAGAAGGACCAGCUGAGCUUCAUCCUGUCGAGCAACUAUCCCAUCGAUGUCACCGAACAGGAGCUGGUGCGUCUGGUGUGCAGCUACUGUCUGGACAAGCAGAUGGAGGAGAGCGAUAUCAGGGAUCUGUUGCGGCUCAUCAACUGGACGCACAUUAGCUACAAGUACAUCGAAGAACUGCGUCAACUGGACUGCUCGCUGGAGGAGGGAAAACGGCUGCAGCUGCCGGCCGGCUACUACAAUCGGAUCAAGCAGGAGUACCUGGCCACGCUGCUCAAGGGCGAUGGAUCGCUGGCGGACCAAACCGCCCUGCAGCGCGGACCCACCAAUAUGCGGGGCAUGGAGCUGAGCCUCCUCAAGAUCGGUGGCUUCGAGUGGAAGGGCCUGACCAAUGUGAUAAUGUGCUUCUCGCCCUCAAAAAUGAAGUGGUACGAACUGACGUCCAUUCCGCACAUCGAUCAGUUCUUGAUUCUAUCCUUUCCAGGCAAUUUCGGCACUGCCGUCCUCAACAAUGAACUGUACAUCGUGGGCGGAGCCUAUGACGUGUGUCUCAAGGAGUACAUCCAUCCCUUUGGCUUCUGCUAUUGCCCGUUGCGGGAUGCCUGGGUGUCCAUAGCCCCCAUCCAGCUGGAUCGCUGCCGUUUCUCAUUAAAUGCGGUCGGUAAACACCAUCUGUAUGCCGUGGGCGGCAUUGUGGAGCACGAUGACUUCUCCGAGGAGACAAUGAGACGCGUCUCGAAUGUGGAACGCUACGAUAUAGCCAGGAAUGCGUGGACUUUCAUGCCCAGUUUGCAGGAGAAUCGCAGCCAGCAUGCCGGCGUUGUUGUCGGCGACAAACUGUACAUCUCUGGCGGCAUCUAUUUGGCCAACAUCCUGGCCACCAUGUGGUGCUUCGACACAAUAACCGAAACCUGGCAUCAGUUAGCUUCGAUGCCGACGCCCUGCUGUGAUCACGUCCUGGUGGCGAUCGAUAAUUGUAUUUAUGCCUGCGGCGGAUGGCGCGAAAGUGUCACCGAAUCCCGUGUCCUAGUUCAGCAUAUCUAUGCGUAUGACAUUGAGACGAAUGUGUGGACAAGGGAGACCCAAAUACCGGCACCCAAAUUCUAUUCCGGCGUUACUGUGAUGCGACGCACCAUAUUCUUUGUGGGCGGCCUGGACUCCACCGAAUCGAUCGAUCGGGCCAGCUCCGAGACAAUGGCGUACAAUCUCGAUAGCAAGACCUGGUGGCACCGCAAGGACUCCUGGGACACCCCCAACGAUGUCUGGGAGUCCACCUGUGCCGCCAUCUAUGUUCCCAUGUUCAAUUCUUAGGCGGGUCUCAUCCUUUUAUGAUUUCCCGCCUCCGUUUCCAUGUAUCUCUCUUCCUCCGCCACCUGUCGAAUUUAUGGAUUCUCAUCUUCAGAACAUCAAAAUGCCCCGAUUUUUUAUCGUGUGUGUGUUUAUGUAACUAGGAACACGAAUAUUUUUUAAAAAUAGAUUUCUAGAGUAGCCUACAAGAUACAAGAGAGAUUACGUGUUGGACUGUACAGUGAAAAAAAAUGUGCCAAGCACGGCCACAAACUGUUUUAGAAUAAAAACUUGUUUUAAGAGUUGAGUA